CUGAGAAAUACCCACGAACGAUAUCAAGAGCAUUUAAAUCGAAUAUUGGUUGACCUUGGGAUCAAUCCUGGAACAUUAUUUCAAAGAAAUCCCAAACCCGCACCAUACUUAAGCAAAGAUGAGCCGUAUCUUCAUAACAGGUGUUACGGGAUAUAUUGGUGGUGAUGUUCUUUAUGGCCUCACUAAAGCUCAAGCUGCGUCAAGUAUUGUGGCUCUGGUGCGAAACGAGGCUCAGGCAGCUUUCAUUGCUGAGCAAUACCCCGCCGUGAAACCGCUCAUCGGUAAUUUGGACUCUGUCUCUGAAAUAGAGGAACAGGCUUCCCAAGCCGACGUGGUUCUUCACCUCGCAAGUUCAAACCAUGUACCUAGCGCAAAAGCCAUUGCCGAGGGAUUAUCCAAGACACAACGCGUGAAUCCAGUCUGGAUUCAGAUUUCUGGUGCCAGUCUCCUCUCCGGUCCAGAGAUUGCGGCCAACACCUACGGGGAGAACAAUUCAAAGAUCUUCAACGAUUUAGAAGGAGUCGGCGAACUUCGAGAGAUAAUUGCCUCACCGGCGAGAGUCGUUGACCAGAUUGUUACAAAUCUAUCCUCGAGUCAACCAAAUGUCCGAACGGCGAUUCUGUACGGACCCCUAAUUUACGGCCAAGGAAGAGGUCCCGUCAAUCAACGCAGCAUGCAGAUUCCCGAUUUGGCAAAAGCAAUUUUACAGCAUGGCCACGGCAUUCAGGUAGGAAAGGGUUCAAGUACUUGGAGUCAUAUCCAUAUCUCGGAUAUCACGCGUCUUCUUGUGAUGUUGGUUUUGGAAGCCUCUCGCAACACAAACCAAUUGCUUUGGAAUGAAAAUGGCAUAUAUUUUGCCAACGCCGGGCUGCUCUCAUUCGGUGAAAUUUCGAACAAAAUGUCUGAUUUUGCCUACUCCCGAGGGCUUAUCAGCUCUCCCUCCACUAAGGAGAUUCAACCAAAAAUUGCGGACCUUUUAACUCAUCGAGGUGCCGUGCUUUGGGGAACUAAUGCUCGAACAUCAUCUGAUAGGGCACGGAAAAUUCUUCAAUGGCAACCGGAAGGUCCUAGCAUUGAGGAGGAAAUUCCUCGUGCGAUACUAGCUGAAGCGGCGUUUUUUCAACGGCCAACCUUCCAUGUCUGAGAAAGUAUGGCGAUCAUCUAAAUAGAAGCAUCGGCUUUUCAAGUGAAAAUGAAUUUUCAAUUUUCAGUUAAUGAUCAGACAAUUGAGGAUUAUUCCAUACAAAGAAAAAAGAAUUCACGGAAUAUGAGUCAUUAGUUUUGGACUUUUAACUUGCAUCCCGACGGACACUGUAUA